GGGAUAAAGAACUCGGUAGUGUCGGCAGAGGUGAUUGGCCGCGCCCUGCUGCAGUGAGAAUGCAGGCUGGAUGCUCGGGUCCUCGCUUAUGUGAUGCUCAUUAGUUGAGCGAGGACAGCUGAAUAAUUGGGCACUGGAAGUUGCUUCUGCCUCCGGGAGAGAUCUGUUGGGCUAUUUCUUUUUCCUUUUUUUUUUUUUUUUUAAACAAAACGUUUGAUUACCAUCCACCUGCAAAAGUGAGUUUUUAUUGAAGAAGCUCCAGCAUCUCUCUCACUGCCAGCAACACGGCCGGGCUCUCGGAGUGAGCUAGCUGCUUCUCAGGCCAGGCACGACAGCAGUGCUAGCAAAUUUGAGAAAGCAGGAAACAGCCACUGCAUGCAGAGCUGCCAGCCUUACAACUCCCCCGGCUAGUCUUCCCAGCAGCGGUGUAGCCAGAGACUCUUCGUACCGUGGUCACAUCCCUCCUCAAAAGUGAACGGUCACCGUCAGCGACAUUGGGAGGAAGCCGUGAUGUUGCAGAUGCUGUGGCAUUUUCUGUCUAGCUUCUUCCCAAGGGCUGGGUGCCAAGGCUCCAGAGAGGGGAGUGAUAACGAAGUCACAGGCACCCCGUCUCCAGCUGGGGGAGACCAGAUGCCAAGCUUUUUGGGGAAACAGAACGGAAGGGCUGAGGACACGGAAAGGAGACCCACCAUUUUGCUGGUGGUCGGACCUGCAGAGCAGUUUCCUAAGAAAAUUGUACAGGCUGGUGACAAAGACCUCGAUGGACAGCUAGACUUUGAAGAAUUUGUCCAUUAUCUCCAAGAUCACGAGAAGAAGCUGAGGCUGGUGUUCAAGAGUUUGGACAAAAAGAAUGAUGGGCGGAUCGACGCGCAGGAGAUCAUGCAGUCCCUGCGGGACCUGGGAGUCAAGAUAUCUGAACAGCAGGCAGAAAAAAUUCUCAAGAGAAUACGAACGGGCCACUUCUGGGGCCCUGUCACCUACAUGGACAAGAACGGCACCAUGACCAUCGACUGGAACGAGUGGAGAGACUACCACCUCCUGCAUCCCGUGGAAAACAUCCCCGAGAUCAUCCUGUACUGGAAACAUUCCACGAUCUUUGAUGUAGGUGAGAAUCUGACAGUCCCCGAUGAGUUCACAAUGGAGGAGAGGCAGACAGGGAUGUGGUGGAGACACCUGGUGGCCGGCGGUGGGGCGGGGGCCGUAUCCAGAACCUGCACGGCCCCCCUGGACAGACUCAAGGUGCUCAUGCAGGUCCAUGCCUCCCGCAGCAACAACAUGUGCAUCGUGGGUGGGUUCACCCAGAUGAUUCGAGAAGGAGGGGCCAAGUCACUCUGGCGGGGCAACGGCAUCAACGUACUCAAAAUUGCCCCUGAGUCGGCCAUCAAAUUCAUGGCCUACGAGCAGAUCAAGCGCCUAGUCGGGAGUGACCAGGAGACGCUGAGGAUUCACGAGAGGCUUGUGGCAGGGUCCUUGGCAGGGGCCAUCGCCCAGAGCAGCAUCUACCCGAUGGAGGUCCUGAAGACCCGGAUGGCCCUGCGCAAGACAGGCCAGUACUCAGGCAUGCUGGACUGCGCCAGAAAGAUCCUGGCCAGAGAGGGCAUGUCUGCCUUCUACAAGGGCUACGUUCCCAACAUGCUGGGGAUCAUCCCGUAUGCGGGAAUAGACCUGGCCGUCUACGAGACGCUCAAGAAUGCCUGGCUGCAGCGCUAUGCGGUGAACAGUGCAGACCCUGGCGUUUUUGUGCUCCUGGCCUGUGGCACCAUGUCCAGCACUUGCGGCCAGCUGGCCAGCUACCCACUGGCCCUGGUCAGGACACGGAUGCAGGCCCAAGCCUCCAUUGAGGGCGCCCCGGAGGUGACCAUGAGCAGCCUCUUCAAACAGAUCCUGCGGACCGAGGGGGCCUUUGGCCUGUACCGGGGGCUGGCCCCCAACUUCAUGAAGGUGAUCCCCGCCGUGAGCAUCAGCUACGUGGUGUACGAGAACCUGAAGAUCACCUUGGGCGUGCAGUCGCGGUGACGGGAGGGAGGGCAGCUCCGCCCGCGGACUCGCUGAUCCUGGGCCUGCAGCCCUGGGAUGUGUAGCCAUCUCAUUCUGUGAAUGUGCCAACACUAAGCUGACUUAAGCCAAGCUGUGAAAUCCCUGGGAUGCGCCUGCCCGGGAGAGGGGAAGAGCUGGCAGGCCCACUGGGUUUGUCCUGCUGUCCCUGGCCGACCCCUGUGUCUGUUCCAGGAAGACCCGUGGGCAUCCCUUGGGGUCUAGGGCUCAGCAGGACACAGGCUCAUGCGCGUGGGGACAGAAUGUUUCCUGCAGUGCCUGCCAAGCAGCAGGACUGGGAGGCCAGCUUAGUUUUUUCAUCGUGUCCUCGCGGCCUGACCAUUGGCGCCGGCCGCCUUCUGGGCUGCUGGGCAUCUUCCCCAGGCCCACCUUGCUUCCUUCUUCGCUGCUGUUACAAAUGGUAGAGGGAGGGCCACUAGCCCACUCCCCACGCCCUCCUCACUCCUCUCCCCUCAGUCUGUGGGGAAGAGUCGUUCUACCUGACCUAACUCCAACUUCCUGACCUACAGUCUUGCUGCUGGCUGGGUUGUGCAGGGAAGGGGGAGGAGUCUGGCUUCUGAGCUCCCUCAUCUGAGCCCCGCUAUUGGCUUCUGGGCUGCCUCUGAUGGGCACCUGGAUGCGCAUGUGCCUGGGGUGGGCAAGGGGCUGCCUUGCAUUCUGGCGCAUGGCUGCACGGAAGGGCCUCCGCUCCCGGCUGCUGGGGGCUCCUGGGGCUCUGAGCUGGCCCCAGCCUCCGUCAGGACUGGCACCAGCUCAGAACCAACUCCCUGUCCCCGCACUGGCAUGAGGGCAGCGGGCAUUGUGUUGGAGCAGGAAGGGCAGUUUCUGCUCCAAGUCUGCGUGCCCUGUUGAGAAAGAAAAGGUGUUCAAGGCCUUAAUUAUGUAUUGUUGGGAAAAGGGUUUUGUUCAGAAAGACAAGCUGGACAAAUUUGCAAGUUCCGUUCUUCCAGAGGGAAGACAAAGGGAGCCGAUGGCUUGGCCAACUGCAUUAAAGUCUGUUUCUGAUGCCCCGGGGGAUACGUGUCCAAUCCCAACGGGGACAAAGUGGGACCAGCCUCUCAUUCCACUGAUGCAACAUAUCACACUGCUUGGAGCCUAUUUAUUUCGUAUUUAUUUGAACAGAGUUAUGUCCUAACUAUUUUUAUAGAUUUGUUUAAUUAAUAGCCUAUCAUUUUCACAUUCAUUUUUCAUUCGUAUUUAUGUUCACGGUCGAUUGUACCUUCCCAGCACCUGCAAGGUGAGAUGGGGAAAGGGAGGAGGGGGCCACGGGAGUCACCCUUCACCCUGCUGUGUCAUGUCUGUCCAAAGAAAUUCCUCUCGGAACUGGUGACAGAAGAAAGACAAGAAGGCAGAAGGCCCCUGAUCCAGGGGAGACAGUCCCUCAGCAGGUCAGGCAGGGUCAGCACCCAGGAAGCCUUAGGAUCUGAGGGCUUGACUCGGGGACAGGAAGAGUGGGAGAAAUCUCAGCUCUGUUGAUGACAGAAGUCCAAAUCAUUUCUGGACCAGGGGGAUUUCUUUAUUCACCCUUUUUGAAUGACAAAGGCGGUGAGGUGCCUUUCACUGUGAGUUUAGGGUGGGCUCCCCACCCACACCUGUGAAGCGGGCUCCCUCUGUUCCGGGGCCCCCACUGCCUCUGCUCAGUAACGCUGGUCAACGUGCAACUUCGCAGUCCCACUUCCAUUGCACUAGAAUGGCCUGAUGAGGAUAAUUUAAAUAGGAUGCAAAGAUCAAUGCAAAAAAUUAUUGUGAUAUAAAGAGUUAUAACUGGAAUUUGUGGAAAAGCAAAUUAAGAAAGGAUUGGAAGUUGUCAUUUAAAACAGCCUUCUAAUAAAGUUGUUUCAAAGCUGA